AUGCCGCCUAUAGUUUUGGUAAAAAAGAGUACUCUAGGAUCCGUACCUACUCGCCUACCUGCCACUCUAGCUGUAUUGUUAUUUUUCGGCGCUCUAAUUGAUGGGAUUGGUAUAGACGUUGCUCGAGCCGAUAACCCUUUUGUGCAAACCAUUUAUACGGCAGACCCCGCACCACUCGUAUAUAACGACCGGCUCUACGUUUUCAUGGACCAUGACAAUGAUGGGGCCACCUAUUUCAACAUGACCGAUUGGCGUCUCUUCUCGACAGUGGACAUGGCUAACUGGCAGGAUCAUGGGUCUCCCCUAAGCCUUGCAGACUUCUCUUGGGCAGACGAAAAUGCAUGGGCUCCCCAGGUCAUCCCACGAAACAACAAAUUCUACAUGUACGUUCCAAUCCGCCAUCAUACCACCUCGACAAUGGCCAUCGGCGUUGGAGUCAGCGAUACUAUCACCGGCCCAUUCCACGAUGCUUUGGGGAAGCCACUCGUUGAGAAUGGUGAUAUCGAUCCCACAGUUUUCAUUGACGAUGAUGGUCAGGCCUACCUGUACUGGGGCAAUCCCGAUCUGUGGUAUGUCAAGUUGAAUCAAGACAUGAUUUCCUACAGCGGGAGUCCCACCAAGUUCACCCUCACAACUGCAGGCUUUGGCCCUCGUAGCGGUAGCGAGCAGCGCCCCACAUCCUUCGAGGAAGCCCCGUGGGUGUACAAGCGCAACGGCAUCUACUACUUGAUCUACGCCGCAAACUGUUGCUCUGAGGAUAUUCGGUACUCUACUGGCACCAGUGCACUUGGGCCCUGGACCUACCGCGGCGUCAUCAUGGCAACUGCGGGCAGCAGUUUCACCAACCACGAGGGGAUUGUUGAUUACAAGAACAAUUCCUACUUCUUCUAUCACAACGGCGCUCUCCCCGGCGGCGGCGGCUACCAGAGGUCUGUAUGCGUUGAAAGAUUCGUGUACAAUUCCGACGGCACGAUCCCAACUAUCCAAAUGACGACGGCCGGUCCACCCCAGAUUGGUACCCUGAACCCGUACGUGCGACAGGAGGCUGAGACAGCGGCCUGGUCCCAGGGUGUAGAGACAGAGUCAAAGGCGUUGCCUUCGGUGCCGGUGCAACAUCCUUCUCAGCUCGUGUCGCAUCCGCCACCAGCGGAGGCUCGAUUCAAAUCCGUCUGGGGAGUACGACUGGAACACUCGUUGGUACCUGCAACGUAUCGGGAACAGGGGGCUGGCAAACCUGGACGACAGUGA